ACUGUAGAGGGCAGUGUUAUUUCAUGUCGCUGGUGAGAGCUCCGUGAAGCGCAGAAGAAGGAGCAGGGGGCGGGGCCGGAGGCGGGGCUGCGGCACCACGUUUAUCACCGGUGGUCACAGUGGAGGGAUCAGUGUGGUCCUAAGAACUCUGCAGCUCUUUACACUGAUCGGCUUUGGUCUUUUAUUAUCAAGAUGAACGGUUUAGAAGAAGAACCCAUGGCCCCUCAAACAUUUCUUUACGGGUGUGCACUGGAGUCUGGUAAAGAUUAUGUUUUCAACCCUACGGAUGAGGACUUUGAGCACCAAUUGGACCUCAGAAUGGCAUGUGUGGACCCCAGCACAAAAGAUGAGCUGCAAGUAGUUGAGGUGGAAGGACAAGAUGUUGAGGGUCAGAAAAUCAAAGCGGUUUUAGUUUCACUCAAGCCCUCUGUGCAACCUAGUGUGUGCCUUGGUGGGUUCACCAUGUCUCCUCCGGUGGCUUUUCGCCUGAAAGCUGGUUCGGGACCAGUUCAUCUUAGUGGACAACAUCUUGUUAUGGCAGUUGAUUUAGAGGAAGAGGAGGAUGAUGAAGAUGAAGAGGAGGAAGAAGAAGAAGAGAUAAAAACAUUAAAGAGACCUGCCACUUCUCCUGCCAAUAAGUCAAAGAAGAAGAUGAAGAUGCAGGUGGAUGAUGAGGAGGAGGAGGAGGAGGAUGAUGAUGAUGACGAGGAGGAUGACGACGACGAUGAUGAGGAUGAAGAUGAAGAGGAUGAGGAGGACCAGACACCAGUUAAAGCAAAGCCUGAAACAAAACCAAAAGCUGCUCAAAAUGGCAAAAGCCCCAAACCAACAACUCCUAGUAAAAAGGAGGUGAAGACACCAAAGGGCAAGGGUGAGAAGUCUCCCAAAACUGCAACCACACCCAAAAGCCCUUUAACACUUGAACAAGUAAAAGCCAAAAUGCUUGAAACAGUCAAAAAGGGAGUGACAUUACCCAAAGUACAAGUCAAGUUUGACAAUUUUGUGAAGAACAGUUACAAAGUUACAGAUGAAGCGAUUUAUGCAGAUCUGUGGAAAUGGAGACAAACAGUAAAGGAUCCAAAAUAACAAACUGGUCUUUGUUAUAUUAUGUUUUAUAGCUUUCUAGCACCUGUUCUACCAGAAACUGAACCCAGUGCCUCUUAUCAGUGUCUGCCGUCGGAACACACAAAUCCCAUCUCAAAUUGGUUCAUAUUUGUAAAUGUGUAAAUACAAAUAUACAUGGGGAGGGGGCAUCUUGUCUGAUGCCUUAUGCAGUAAUAGGUUUUAUUUUAAAAGCUAUAUUACAGGCAAUGUUACUACAGAUUAGCAGAUGGACCACUUAAAACUAACAUGACCCAGAAAGUAAAAUGUCAGGUAUUGAAUUAAGUUGUCUAUCUACUCUGUACAUGCAAUGUUUUGAAAAGCCUGUGCUUUGAAAUCUGCAUGCCAAUUUGAAAUGUGUAGUUUAACUAUAUUAAACAGUAAACCAGAUAAGGUGUACAAUUUACAUUUUGACCAAGGUGAAUGUGGUUUGAGGCCAUUUCGAAAAUGUUUGAUUUCUUAUACAACAUUCAUUGGAUAUAAGGGUUAAGUGAGACCUGUAAAAUAUCAUUCCAAGUUGUCAAUAAAAGUUAAAUAUCG